GUCUCCCCCACCACUUGCCUAACAAGGCGAGGUUAAACUUCCUUAGAUCCUUUACCCAUCAUCUCUUUCUCCGCAACGAGUCCUUCCCUAAUUUCCUCAAUGAGAAGUUCGUACUUUUUUCAAGCAACCCAGAGCGACUCAUCUCAAGUCAAAGCCAUUAGGGCCAUAGUCCAAACCUUUGGAUGGAGAGAAGCCGUGCCCAUAUUUGUAGACAAUGAGUUUGGAGAAGGGGUUAUACCUUCCUUAUCUGACGCUUUAAAAGAGGUUAAUGCUCGGAUUCCUGACCGAAGCGUUAUCUCUUUCGGGGCCACUGACGAGGAAAUUGAAAGGGAGCUAUUUAAGUUAAUGUCAAUGCAAAGUAGAGUGUUCAUUGUUCAUAUGAUCCCAGAUCUUGGGUCUCGGGUUUUUGACAAAGCAACAGAGAUUGGAAUGAUGUGUGAAGGAUAUGUUUGGAUAAUAACUGAUGGGAUGACUAAUCAUUGGAGUUUGAUUCAUCAUUCUGAUCAUAUGGAUUCCAUGCAGGGUGUGUUGGGUGUAAGGAAUUAUGUUCCAAAAUCAAAACAGUUGGAGAAGUUUGAGAUGUCAAAGGAUGGACUAGUUAAAAGACUGGACUCCACUUCUAAUGCUAAUCUUGGAACCAUCAACUGGCCAGGGGAUUCAUAUUCCAUUCCUAAAGGCUGGGAGAUUUCGAUAAAUGGGAGGAAGUUGAAGAUUGGAGUGCUGGUGAGAAAGGGAUUUAAGGAAUAUGUCAAGGUAACAUGGGAUCAAGAGACUAAUUCAACUACUUUCACUGGUAGUUGCAUAGAUGUCUUCAGUGAUGUGAUGAAGAAGUAUGAUGCGGUUGUGGGAGACAUUACUAUUGUGGCAAACAGGUCAUUCCUUUAUCGAGCGACCUUUGGAUCACCAGCUUUUGCUUCUUUGUCUUCAUGGCAUUUGUUAUUUGGGUUCUGGAGCAUAGAAUCAAUGAAGAUUUCGGUGGCCCACCUUUACAUCAUGUUGGAACUAGCUUUUGUUUGGUUCUCUUUCUCGACCAUGACUUUUGCACACCGGGAGAGGGUGUUGAGCAAUCCAGCUAGGAUUGUGGUGAUCAUAUGGUGCAUUGUGGUCUUUCCAAGAGGUUCUCCCCUUGUAGCAGAUGUUUCAAGAGCAAUCCUUAAUGUCACUGAAAGCUUUAGAAUGGGGGAUAUUCAAAAUGCAUGGAAGAAACAAACCAAUUGUCCUGAUUCAAGCAGCUUGGAUUCUACAAAUAGCCUGAGUCUUGGAAGCUUUUGGGGCCUUUUCCUCAUUGCCGGAGUGAUCGGUGUAUUAGCUCUUGUCUACUUUGCAGCGGAGUUUCUAUAUGAGCAAAGGGACGUGUUGCGCGCGUGUGACGCUGGAAUUUCAAUAUGGAAUAGAAUUCUUCAAGUAUUGCGAAACUUCGACCGGAGAGACCUGACCUCACAUGCCUUCAGGCAGCGUGGAUUAAGAGAGGAAGAUAGCAAUAUUGAAAUCAUUCCAGUUAGAGGUGCUGUUGAAGCCCCUGUUGAGAUCCCUGUUAGAUCCCUGUUGAAGCCCUUGAUGAUAUAAGUGGCGCAGCGACAUUCGUGGAAAUAGAAAUUCAUCAUGCUAGCACAAACAGCUCAUGAAAAAGCUUAGCUCAAUAAUAGUAACAACACUAGUGUGGUUUCUAAUCUUUUAUAUGGGUUUUGACCCAAGUUAGACUUUUGUAUCGGGCUGUGUUUGUAUAUUAUGCAUAAUAUAUAAUUGUAGUAGUU